GAAGUUGUCCACUAGGUGGCAGCAGUCACAUACAUGAGAAUCCCACUGCGCAUGCCCGACUGGGAUUAUUCAACAAACAUGGUGGCACCCUACGUGACGGCAGUUAGGACAGCGCUGAAAGGUGUGCGUCUUGUUCCCGGCCGGUGGCUCCUCACGCAGAGGAGCCAAACCCCGGCAGUGUGUCAGUGUUUGCGGCCGCUGCAUGUCUCCCCUGCUGCCUCCCGGUGCAGCUCCAGGACCGAGCCACACAACACAGCCGGCACCCACACAGGCGACAGGAGAGCCGGGGAGGAAGAGCAGGAGGAACCCGAGGGUCCUGAAUACAUCCCCAAGAAAAAGGCGAAGAACCCAAUGAUGGGGAUUGGCUAUGCCUGGAUGAUUGGCCUCCCCACAGGCAUCAUCGGCUUCCUCCUGGCCAAGAGAGAAGUGGACAAGAACCGACUAAAGCAGCUGAAGGUUCGACAGAGGAUGAGAAAAUCAAACGAGGGAGAAUAUGAAGGGAGUCGCUACCGCCAUCCUGCAGAGGAUGUUAAACUGGACCCAUAACGUACAUGUAUGGCUGCUGUGAUUCGCACCAUGUCCUGAAUGUCACUAUUGAGACAGUGACUCCUGCGUUACAGCCCAAAGACUGAUUGCAGAAGAGAUGUCAGCUUCUUGAGCUUGAGGUUAAAACAUCCAAAACCUCUGAGAGACAUUCAGAAGUGGGUAACUAUUUCUUCUUUCUAAGGCUGCUGCAGGAAAUCUAAGGAACGUGCUUGUGACUGAGCCUUUAAUCAGGACAGCUCUUUGUUUUUUUUUUUUGCAGAUUAGAUUUUUCUUGCUCACAAACAAAGAUGGAUUAUACUGUUAAGGUUUACCGCUUCAUUAAAUCUGGAGAACGAUCUCAUAUUUAUUAGCCAUGAUGCUGAUGAUCUAAAAAUAUAUCAGAGGAAAUAAAUGUGUAUUUAUACAUUUGAGAAUAUGUAAAAAAAAAAAAAAGGAUCAGCACUGGUACAACUACAUAUGAACCACAUCAAAACUCAAAUAAUACAAAUCUUUAUUUGAUAUGAAAACACAAAAAGAUUUUCCUCAUCGUUAUAUUUUGUAUAUUUACAAACCCCACACUGACUAUCUGCACUGCACAUUCAAAAUGUUGGCCUUAGUUUUGAGUCAAGAGUUACUUGUAACUUUGGCUUGGGUCUAAAUUUAUGAUGAACAUGUGUGGAGGAUCAGCUGGGUGGGGUUGAUCAUUACCGGAGCUUUCAGACUGUACCGCGUUAGAUGGAAAAAUCCACCCUGCUGCUCAGUAUCUGACUGGAACACAAGAAUAUAUAAACUGGCACAUAUGUAACAAUAUUAUAAAAGCUUAUGGUGUACUGUAAGUGUACUUCUUAAAGUAAAAAAUCAGAAACACUGUCAUUGUGAAGGCACUAUAGUGAUGCAGAAUGUACAUAGUUACAAUUAUAAACACAUCAAGACCAUCAGCAAAGGUUUGCUAAUAAGACGCCAUGAGAGCAGAUCUGAGGCUGUCAGGUGUACUGAGCUGGAUUUCAGAGGUGUGCAGAUCAGUCACCCAGGUAUCGAUACUGCAGAAACUAACUGUAGUUUUGAGUAUCCAUACUAGAGUCAUUAAGAUCAAUACCAAAUGUUACACCAUGUGACAUCACGUUUUAGGCACAUAAACACUCUUCUUAGUGCAGCAUUAUUAGCUUUUCAGCUGCUGCUGUGAGCAUGCCCGCAGUGAGCACCUUGAUCGUUCAGAGAGUUCACACAAACAUUUGUCAUUUACCAUUAAACCCUGUUUUGCCUUCUCACAUGCGUAUAAUUAAAGCAAUAGUUCAAUA